ACAGCCAAUCAGCCAAUUGUCAGGUCAAUAGAGCCCGAAGGAAGUGUCUAUGAAGUUUUUUGUGUUCAAAGCUGGAAAUGUUGUAAAUUAUUUGUGCAAACCAUCCAGUGAAUCAAAGUUUAAGUAAAAAUGAAGCCGUUAAUAGAUUUUGAUGAGUGUCUCAGGGAUUCACCUAAGUUUAGGGAGCAGCUGGAAACUGAGGAGGCCAGCAUCGAUUCGUUAGAACAAAAGCUAGACAAAGUUCUAAAGGCAUGUUCUGUUAUGAUUGACUCUGGUAAAAUCUACAUGAGUCAUAGAGGCACUUUCACAAAUGCCCUUUGGGAUUUAACUGGUAGCUUCUCAGAAGACUCAGAGGUGAUGGCUACCCUAAACAGAAUGAUCCAUGCUCUGCAAGAAAUGAACAAAUUCCAUUCCAUACUGCUUGAUCAGGUGUCCAGGACUGUGCUUAAGAAUCUCACUGCAUUUAUAAAAGUAGAUAUCAAAGGUGUUAAAGAAAGUAAAAACCAUUUUGAAAAAAUCUCAAAUGAUCUUGAUACUGCACUGAAUAGAAAUUCGCAGGUGUCACGGCAUAAACUGGUCGAAGUAGAGGAGGUGAUGAAUCUCUUGCUGGCGACGCGAUCGUGCUUCCGGCACACGGCGCUCGACCAUGUCCAGAAGAUCACGAUGCUGCAGGCGAGGAAACGACACGAAAUAUUGGCUACAUUCCUGUCGUACCUACAAGCGUGCUGCACCUAUUAUCACCAAGGUGCUGAUUUAUCUGAGGAUUUGGAACCUUUCCUCAAAACAACUGCCGACGAUAUCGCAGUUAUGCGUAACGACACAAAAAUACUUGACAAGGAGAUGGAGAACCGCCACACGAUAGUCAACAGUAAAGACACGGUCUUGCCCAGCUGCAAGGCUAACGAGGCCGAUGGCGACUGCAAAGAUGGCCUGUUGAGUACGCCCUGCCUAAAAAACUUGCCAAGAAUGCAAGGCUACCUAUUCAAAAGAACUUCGAACGCAUUCAAAACUUGGAACCGGAGGUGGUUCUAUUUGUACGACAAUCGUCUUGUAUAUAGGAAAAGGACCGGUGAACUAAAUGUGACGGUGAUGGAGGAGGAUUUACGGUUGUGUACCGUGAAGCCGGUGCACGAUGGGGAGAGGCGGUACUGCUUCGAAGUAUUGUCGCCCUCAAAAAGCCAUAUGCUCCAAGCAGACUCUGAAGACAUGUUGAACUGUUGGAUAGCGGCGUUACAAAAUGGGAUACGUUCAGCCAUCCAGCAAGGCCAGAGCCGGGAGAAUCCCGAUACUCAGCUGAUACUAGUUCCAGAUGACAGACCUACAGAUAAUAGGCAUAGUGUCGCCAAUGUUCGGGGCAUGAGAAAGAUCAGGAUAUGGGAGCAACUCUUAAGCAUUCCUGGUAACAACUACUGUUGUGACUGCGGCAGUCCCAACCCGCGCUGGGCCAGCAUUAACCUCGGCAUCACACUCUGUAUAGAAUGUUCUGGAAUCCAUCGCUCUUUGGGCGUUCACGUCAGCAAAGUGAGGUCUCUUACAUUAGAUGAUUGGGAACCUGAUAUAAUAAAGGUCAUGGCAGAACUGGGAAAUAAGAUUGUUAAUUUAAUAUAUGAAGCCAAUACUGAAGGAACAACCAUAGCGCGAGCCACUCCAGAUUGCGAAACUUGCGUACGGGAAGCCUGGAUUCGCGCUAAGUAUGUGUCGCUGUUGUUCGUGAAGGACCUCGUGGGUGGGAACAGCGCGCUCGCGGCCAGCGAGAGCCCGCUGCGGGCCGGCCGCCGCUGGUCUGUCAGGAGGGCCCGACGCAGAGUUCGCGCCGCGCCUUCAGUUCCUGAAACGAUUCGAGAUGAAAAAAGCGACGCUAACAGUACCAGUGUAUCAGAAAGCUCGAGCAAAUCGGAAGGCAGCCCGGUGUUCCUGAUCGGUACCGAGCUCGCGAGCGACCGCGGCGUGGAUCUCAGCUUGCCGUCUGACCAUGACUCCACUGAGGGAGAGGAUAGUGACGAAUUAGCUGCGGAAGACAUGAGCCGCCUAUCCCCGGAAGCUGUUCUGGUGCGAGCUGCGCGCGCCCACAACGUGGCGGUGAUGAGAGGCGCGCUGGCGGCCGGAGCCGACGUCGGGGGAGCGGGACAGCGCGGCCGCACGCCGCUGCACGCCGCCGUGCUCAGCGGUUCAGUGAUGGCGUGCUCGUUCCUCCUCCUGAAUGGCAGCAAGCUUAACGUGCAAGACGAGGAUGGAAAGACUCCGCUACAUCUUGCCACGGAAGCUGGACACACUGGACAGGUUUGCCUUUUACUGCGGUAUCGUGCUGACCAAUCGAUAGUGGACAAGGACGGUCAAACGCCUCUCGAUAUCGCCGUCAACAAUGCUAAUGCCGACAUUGUGACCCUAUUGAGACUGACGAAGCUGAACGAGGAGAUGAGAGAGAGCGAGAUGUCGUCCAACGACGACACGUACAACGAAGUGUUCCGCGACUACACGCAGCUCGCGCACUCACACCCCGAGCGGCUAGUGCGAGCCAAACACAACAACAACGAAGGUGAACCGAAUGAAUGACGCAACCAGAGAGGCAGUCGUCGACGAUGGCUGUGGUAAGGCGGUGGCUACACCGGCUGCGAGUAGUAACAGGUGACAACACUGCAUCGACAGAAUGUAGAGGGCAGCACCUUCCUACUGGCCAAUACACGGAGAUGAGUGACCUACAAACAAUGCGUAUACAUCGUAGUGCAAAUUAUCACACAGUUCUUAUAAACAACCCAAAGGUACUAAGUGCACCUUAAAGGCUUUAACGAAAUGAAUCUGUCUCAUUUUAUUUCUUCUACUAAAAUAUACGACGACUUAGAAAAUUUAAGUGAUAUUAGCUUUGCUAUUUACUAUUAAUGUUGUUCCAAAUCGUAUAUAUUUAUCGACGUAUGACCAUCGAAACGUAGGAAAUGAAAUAUAAAACACUAUUGUGACAAUUAAUAAUAAUGUUAUAUUAAUAAUAAAAUGCUUAUUAGGCCAGUGGUUGAAAAAAUUGUGAUCUCUGUUGAAAAUUAUAUACGAGGCUUUUUAAAAGUAAUUAAACUGAACUAUUGCUGCCAAACACAUAAUCACUUUUGUAUAAAUAUUCUGUAUUAAAUGACGUCUGUUAGGUAUUGUCUAUAGAUAACCAUGGGUCUAAUAUUCUCUCUCUUGUUAAGUCAUGUGCCUGCACUCUGAGCGGUUAACUCAGGUCGAAAUGUGGAAGCAAGACAGCACGAAUUUUGCUAUAACAGUCCGUUAUCAGCGUCUUGCUUCCACAAUAAGGAUGACUACUUUUUCCAGUGUCCGUCUUGUCCUGCAAACAUAAAAUGAUCAAUUUACAGUGAAUGAAACUUACAUAACGUCGCGAUUGCGUAAACAUUACUUUAAAUUUGUCACUUUUAGUUUUUCAGAAAAAGGAAAAAUACGUGUCAAAUAUUUUUCAAUUAGCUAAUCGAGGGACUAAAUAGAUAUUUUUCUUUUUUAUUUUUACUCAGUAGUCAUCCCUAUUGCUAAGGUGUUAAUGCGCUUAUGCGUUAAUGUUAAUGCGCUCAUAAUACAGGCACGGUGUAAAUAAUUAUGAAUAUUAUAACGAAUAUGUUUAUGCAUAGUUAUGUACUGGGGAGUACAGUGACAUGUAAGCUUUAAAUGUUAACGUUUUAAGUGUGUUGUCGUUUUGCAAGCUGACUAAGUCAUAAUAUGACUGUUCCGAUAAGGGCCCAGAUUGUGUCAAAUAUUAUUUUAAACUCCAGUUUUUAUAAUAAAUUAAUUUUCUAUGCGAAUACUUCAACGGCAAUUAAAGGGAUGUUGACUUUUUUAACUGAUUCAGAAACUCACUUAGUUACCUACCGGUACAUUUUGUUUUGUCAAUGUCAUCGGUUUGUGACGUCAUAAGUCCUAUUUUUUUUACUUCGAUUCGCUUCAUCGAAGUAGUUAAUGCUAUUAUUUGCAUAAAUUAAGGAAAUACGUGCCCACUAUUUUUCGUUAUGAAAAGACAGUACAUUUAUUUUUGUUUGUCAACAAGCCCAUUAGCUUAUAUUCUAUUGACGAAUUCUUUAAUUGCAUCUUCACCUCCCAGUUUCCAGACGUCUGGUUCGCUGUUAGGGUCACAGACCCUAAAAAAAAGUUAUAGGCCAUAAUAAAAAGGUGGUGUGAUUUAGUUUUAUAAACCAAAGAUUUAAGUAUUGGUUUUAAGUGAAAUUUAAAACGUGUUUGUUAAAAAUUAUAAGAUUUAUGUAAACCUUUGGCGUACUCAACUUUAUUAUGUAACUAUUAUGAUAACUUGAAUUGAAUGAUGAAUGCGAUUACAACAUUCCUGUUUUUAGUGAACUAUUCAAUCAUUCCAAAAACGUUUCGCAUUUAAAUGACUUUUAUAUGAAUUCGGCUCAGAUAUGAAUCUCAAUCUAAGCAUAUUUUGUUAGCUAAUAAUUUUUUUUAUAUUUUUACGUGUAAUUUAGUAUGUAAUAGAAUACUUGCCAAAUUGUUGCAAUAUCCUCAACUUGCCUUUGUAUUAAUGUACACGACCAAGUAUCAAUUGCUUCGUAUAAUUGGUACUAAUGUACCAACAAGCGAAUUCUCAGACACUAUACUAGUUAUAACUAUUUAAGAACGCGUCACUAGUCUCGUGAAGUUCGGGGCCGAAAAUCCGAUUUUAUCGGAUCCCGAUAAAAACGCGAGAGUAAACCGUUCUAAGACAUUACUAUAUUCUCGUUCUGUUAUAAUCUGCGUUGUAAGGGUCUACCACCUCUUCAUUUUAAUUUGUUAGUCCCCUAAAGACAAACUAAAAAGUUUAGAUGUGUAAUAAAUAGAAUGCGUUUACCGCUGUGGAAGAGAGAUGCAUAUAUAGUGUGAUAUGCCAUCUCUAUUCGAUAACGGCAGCGGUGGUAGACCCUCUUCAGUGCAAUCCAUUUUGCAAGUGAUUUGAAAGUAAUAAAAAUAACGCUUUGUCAAUCAAAGAAAA